AUGUCCAUAAACGAGGAUGAUGUGAAGAAUGAUUCUGAUAAUGAUUUGGGUGAUGAUUUCGAUUAUCAACCAAAUGCAGAAGACGAUGCUGAAGACGACGAUGUGGAUUCGUUGGAUUCUACUAGCAAGAGUGAAGAAGUUUGUGGUGUAAAAAGAAUAGCAGAUUUAAUGGUGGAGGAUAUUUGGAACCUGGAGUUUAGGACAGAAGAUGAGGUCUGCCAGUUUUAUAACGCUUAUUCUUGUUGGCAUGGAUUUGUAACGAGGAAGGACGACGUGGUUAGGGAUAAUCAAGGUAGAAUCAUUAGCAGGCAACUUGUUUGCAACAAAGACAGGUGGAGGAAUGUGAGGUAUCUUGAUCAGGAUGAUAGAUCAAGGGAGGCAAGGUCACUAAUGCGAACCAAGUGUCCAGCUCAGCUUAGGGUAAAGCUUGACUAUGGAUGCAGUAGAUGGAAGGUAUCAUCUUUUGUGGAAUCUCACAACCGCAAUCUGACGCCACCCCAAUUUGCGCAUCUGGUUCCGGCCAAUCGUCAUCUCACUGUCACUGAUAAAGUCCAAGUGAAAAAUCUCCAUAAUUUUGGUGUCAAGACAUGCCAUAUUAUGGGGUAUAUUGCGUUCCAGAAGGGUGGAUAUCGUCAUGCUGGCUUCACACGCAAAGAUUUGUACAACCACAUUGAUCGUUAUCGUCGGUCGAAAGUUAAAAACGGGGAUGCCAAUGCGGCAAUAAACUAUUUGAUUGGCAAGUCAAACAAUGAUCCGCUGUUCUUUGGAAAGUAUACGUUUACUAGUGACGAAAGGCUCGAGCAUAUUUUUUGGGCAGAUGGGCAAUCAAUUGUCGACUAUCACUGCUUUGGAGAUAUUGUUGCCUUUUAUUCAACCUACAAGAAGAAUAAAUACCCUUUGGUUAUUUUCUUCGGAUGCAAUCAUCACGGGCAGACUGUUAUCUUAGGCUCCGGCCUACUAUCCGACGAAACAACAGAGACGUAUAAGUGGUUGUUGGAAACCUUUGUUGAAGCGAUGGGUGGGAAACGUCCUAAAGCAGUAAUAACUGACAGAGACCUUGCCAUGCGAGAUGCAAUCAAGAAUGUUCUUUCUGAUGCGACCCAUCGGUUAUGCGAAUGGCAUCUGCAGAGAAAUGCAUGUGAAAAUAUAAAGAAUCCUAAUUUCCUGCGCGAUUUUAAGAGUCUUAUAUACGACAACAACGACCAAAGAAACUUUGAUCGGAUAUGGGCAGCCAUUUUCGAUAAGCACAACCUUGUUGGGAGUACAUGGAUGGAAAAGACGUACGAAACUCGUUUGAUGUGGUCUCAUUGUUUCCUCCGGGAUAAGUUUUUUGGUUACAUAAGGACGACAUCACAUUGCGAAGGUAUAAAUUCUCUCAUUAGAUUUUAUGUUAAUCGCAAGAACACCCUCAUUGACUUCAUGCAUAACCUGGACAGGGCCUUAAAGGAGUAUAGAAACAAUGAAUUAAUCGCUGACUUUAAGUCUCAGUGCUCAGAGCCAGUGAUGAUUACCUCGUUGGAGGUAUAUGAAAGAUCUGCAUCAUGUUAUUUCACUCGAAACAUUUUCAAGGAAAUUCGUAAUGAGAUUCAGAGGGCAGGGGCUUUGAAUAUCAAGGUACUAAGCACAACCUUGGACAAGGUCGAGUUCAGUGUGACUGCUCUCGGAGAUCCGGCCAAAGAUCGAAGGGUGGAAGUCGAUAGAAGUAUAAAUCUUUUCUCGUGCUCGUGCAAGCUGUUUGAAUCACGUGGUAUUCCUUGUAGUCAUGUCUUCUGUGCCAUGAAGUUCGAAAACAUACUUGAGUUUCCUGAUUCGUUGAUCUACAAAAGGUGGACAAAGAAUGCAAAGAACGAAUUUAUUAACACAUAA